AUGUUCGGCUUCAAGAAGGUCGACCGCACGGCGUACGGUUACGAGAAAAUGAACGCAUGGAUUUUUCGUGUGGUAAAGAGAAAUCGCGAAAUUGGGACUCCAAAAGGGCACGUGCCCGUGUGCGUGGGGCCAGUCGAGCACGAGGCGGUUAGGUAUCUCGUGCCGAUUGCCGCAGUCAACUCUCGGGCUUUUGUGGCGAUGCUCGACGAGGUUGUUGAGGAUGGUGGUAGGGGUCGUGUGGGGCCCUUGCAGUUGCCUUGCUCGGUCGAGGCUUUCCAGGGCGUUCUCGACCGAGCCUUUGGCAAUAUACGGGGCUGA